UCCCCUUGCAGUGGGGGAAGGAAUCAAACCCCCAAGAUGGCGGCGGCGGCGGAGGAGCGGAUGGCAGAGGAAGGAGGCGGCGGCCACGGCGACGGCGGCUCCUCUCAGCUGCCUCAAAACAACACGCUGGUGGCGCUGCCCAUCGUAGCCAUCGAGAACAUCCUCAGCUUUAUGUCCUACGACGAAAUUAGCCAGCUCCGCCUGGUUUGUAAAAGAAUGGACUUGGUCUGCCAGAGAAUGUUGAAUCAGGGAUUUCUGAAAGUAGAGAGGUACCAUAAUCUAUGUCAGAAACAAGUUAAAGCACAGCUCCCUAGGAGAGAGUCAGAAAGAAGAAACCAUUCAUUAGCUCGUCAUGCAGACAUUCUUGCUGCUGUUGAAACAAGGCUGUCACUGUUAAAUAUGACUUUCAUGAAAUAUGUGGAUUCCAAUCUCUGUUGCUUCAUCCCAGGAAAGGUGAUUGAUGAGAUAUAUCGUGUGUUGAGAUAUGUUAAUUCUACCAGAGCUCCUCAACGAGCUCAUGAAGUUCUUCAAGAAUUAAGGGAUAUUUCCUCCAUGGCAAUGGAAUACUUUGAUGAAAAGAUUGUUCCAAUUCUAAAGAGGAAAUUACCGGGAUCAGAUGUGUCUGGAAGACUCAUGGGCUCUCCUCCAGUUCCGGGACCAUCUGCAGCCCUCACAACAAUGCAGCUCUUCUCCAAGCAGAACCCUUCAAGACAAGAAGUCACCAAACUCCAGCAGCAGGUUAAAACAAAUGGUGCUGGCGUGACUGUUCUCAGGCGUGAAAUUUCUGAGCUCCGCACCAAAGUGCAAGAACAGCAGAAACAGCUUCAAGACCAGGACCAGAAACUGCUAGAGCAGACCCAGAUCAUAGGUGAACAGAACGCACGGUUGGCGGAGCUGGAACGCAAACUCCGAGAAGUAAUGGAAAGUGCUGUAGGAAACUCCUCAGGGUCUGGGCAGAACGAGGAGUCUCCCCGGAAACGAAAAAAGGCCACGGAAGCCAUAGACUCUCUUAGGAAAUCGAAACGUCUUCGGAAUAGAAAGUAAACUGGAAUGUGGUUCUAGCGCCAGAGGAAGAUGUGGCUUAGUAGCUUACGCAGUUAUGCAUAUCAGGAUACUGUGAGCAACAUGGUGUCCCUUAGGCUUCUAGGCUUUCAGAACACAACUUACACUUGAACUCUUGUGGUUGGGACAUUCUUUUCCCGCUUCUCCUGGUUGAACUGAUGCACAGAAUCUUUUUACUUUGCAAUAGAUUUGUACUAACCAGACCUGUUCUAUCAUGUUUUGAGGAGUUAAUUUUUUUCUGUGCAGAUAAUGUUUAAAGUAAGUUAAUUUGUUUCUGCAUAUAUGCACAUAACAUAAGAAUCUUAAACCCAGUCUUGACAGGCUAGUUAAGUUUAAUACAGAAAAUGUCCUGCUCACUUGAAAGAAAAGACCUACUUUUUAAAUGGACACUAUCCUGUUUUUUGUUUUUUGUUUUUUUUUAAAUUGUCUUUUUGUUAUAAGUGACCUUUGUCUGGAAUGUCUGAAAAAAAGUAGUUAAUGCUUUUUGGUAAUGAAGUAAUGGGUAACUAAAACGAACUUCCAUAGUAUUGACUGUAGAAGGAGCCUCUACAGUAUUGACUAUAUAUUUUUAUAAACUACUGGCAAGGGACUUAUCCAGUUGUUAUAUACAUGUUUUCAAUUCUCUUUGGGGGCCAUGUCCUACAUUUGCAUGAAUAGAUGCAUGCAUUGCCUAAUCAAUUCACUUAAAAGCUCUUGCACUGGUAUUAAUCUUGAACCUCUAUACUUCUCCACUUUUUAGAGCAGUGUUUUAGUUUAUUUAAGCACUUAACAUCUUCCACCACAACAGCUUGCCUCUGGAGGGGGAUUUGUUAGUCCAUCUGUCCUCCAGUUUUAUAAGAACAAGAGGCUCUUACAGCCCAUUGCUUUAACUCCUCUCGUAGGGUUCAGGUACACUGGCUAAGUAGAACCCAAAUCCCAAGGCUCUUUCUAUGGAUAUUGGACCUCCGGGAGCUAGUACUGUUCUCCACUCACCACCACCAUGUGUGCUCAUUGGUCAGAUGUGGCGGGUGAGGAAGGAACCUGACUUGCAGGAUGAAGUUUUGCCAUUGAAGGAAAGUUCAUUGAGGAAAAUUGUACCAUGAAAAAGCAUUUCGAUUAUGUCAUUUCUGGGGGAUGACCUGAGGGAAGCUUUUUAAUAUUAAUGUUAAGCUUUCCUUAUUCUACAACUUUAAACAGAAGCUUUAAUUUUGUUUGCACUCCUGUUUUGAACUUGUAACUGGAAAAGCAUGUCUUGCACUGUUCAACCUUCUGAGUGGUCACUUUAACAACCUCCAAAUUGUGUACAGUGAUUCUUUUCCCCAGUUGUGUAUUUUUGAGACACUCGACUAUCACUGUCCUAGUUUUAUUUUAAUGUACUAAAUUAUGUAGUUAUUCGACUGUUAAGUUCUUUAAACAACUGUUGCCUUGGGCUUCAGUUAUUUAAAGUAAAUUUAGGUGUAAUAUAAAAAACUAUCCCUUUCCAGGUGGGAGUUUGACACCUGUGUAAAACCUAAGGUUUUGGUAAGUACCUUAGUUGAAUAAAAGCACAAGGUUAUCACCUUUUUUAUCCGUCCAACAUGACAUGGUUAUGCAUCCCUUAGAUUAACUUCACCAAAUGAAACUUUUUUCUAUCCAUUUUUAAUAAUACUGUCCUUACAUAAUAUUGUCCUUAGAUUUUGAUCAAUUCUUUGUCUAACUUUGAAAUUCCAUUUACAAUGUAGUAUGUUUUCAAUGAAAAACCAUAAAGUAACAUCCAAGUGUUUCAUGGUUUGUUGGGAAGGUAAUUUUAAAAUAAAACAAUUUCCAAAAAACAUUUGUCAGCCAAGGUCAUCCAUAAAAGUCCCCGUCUGGAAGUCAUUUUCUCAGCAGUUCUCAUUUUUGUAAUCAUAGGAGUUAGCCAUAUUAUCAUAACUUUGGAGGAGGCCUACUGGAAUACGGUGACCUUUAAUAGUCUGCUUUUCUGGUAAUAGGAAGACUUUUUAAGUAUCAAAGUAUAUGUCUACAGGUUACAAAGUAUAAACCUUAUGCAUCAAAGGAAUAUAGCCUCAGAUUAUUUCUCUAAUAGCUGUUAGUGAAUUAUUAAAAGUCACUACAGAUAGCCUAAAUGUAUGUAUGGUCUUCCAUUAGUUAACAUGAGUAUUUGGCUUUCAUAAUAAAUAGUCACACUAUUAGAAGGUAGAUUCUUCUGUUCCAAAAUCCAAAUUUCUACAGCAUGCACUUAUAAUCACCUGUUCGUAAGGCUGAUGCGUUGCACUUGUUAAUGCAUGAAUGUUCCAUAUAGUAGAAUAAAGCACUACAGUUCAGUUGUCCAAGUCUUACAUCUGCUUAGACUAUCUCGCUAAAACAUGUUAGGAUAUUGCCUUCACCAUUCAUUAGGACAGUUAUGUGAAAGCUGUUAUGCUUGCGUAUAGAUAGCAUAAUGGUAUUUAAGGUUCACCAAACCACAAAUUGUUUUGGUCAGCUAAAACUGACACGUUCCGGAAAAUUUUAAAUUAAUCUCCUGAAAGAGAACCAUCCUGCCCUGCGUUUUACAUCAGUUAUUUAAAUGCCGUGUGGUGUUAAUAUCAUGUUGUCCUAGUGUGACUUUUUUUUAAGUGUUCCCAUUAUCUUCCUUGGCUGCUUUUCAGAGGAGACUUCUCUGUUUUAAGGGGUCAUUCCCACAUACAGAUUGAUGGUGGUACAACACUACACACGCACACGUGGAUAAACUGUGAAAGGCAUGUAUGAGAAGUAUAGAGGACGGCCCGCCCAGCCCCAGCCGCAUCCUCUGCUUCUCGCCCACAUGGACUUGGCUUACUUGGUUUCACAUAGUCUGAGGUUAUAGAAUCUGCUGUUUUUCAAACUCCUGGACGGAGCCUGGCAAUCAUGGGCAAACACAAAUGUAUUGAGAUUAAUUAUACUGUGUCAAAGACUGUCGGGGUCGUCAGGUCUAAAACCACAGGUUUGGGAAGCAGCUUUUUUGUAAAACAUGUUUUUUGGAGUACUGAACUUUACAGGGGCUUGCCUUAAUCUCUAUUUAAUAGUUUCAAGAUGUAUGCGCAAUUAUUCUACAUGUUAAAGAUGUUAAAAUAUUCUAUGUAGCCCCAAAGGUGGGUAAAACAGUAUAAAUAAUGCCUAAAUAGAUAAGCUUAAAAGGUGUCACUACAGCUGGAUUUUUGAGAGAAAAAUGAACGUAUUAAAAUAGGCUAUGUGUAAUACAAAUAAUGGCACCUUAACAUUGCACUAUUUUAUGCAUUAUUUUAUAUGCCAUUUCAUAGCCUGCACUUUAAUCUCCAAAGAAACGAUGUAUGAUAUCCUUAUUAUUAAUAAACUUUUUCCUAAGACAGGGCACUUAAUUCUAUUUUACUAUACUGAAUUAGUUUCUUGGAGGUGGAUUCCUUUUUUGAGUUCUCUAUUUCCUCAGCCAUAAUAUUUUUAGGAUCUGGGAACUCCCUGUCUUGUCUGUUUCCGACAGUGUAUAAUUUUAAUUUAAUGUAAUGUAAAUCUCCUACUUGGUGAUCAGCACAUUCUUAUAUCCUGCUCUAGCAAUGAGUACCCAUGUAUUACACGUACCAAACCCUCUAAAAGUAUAUGCUGUAAGAUUUGAAGCCAAGAACAAAAGGCAUUCUGAAAGAAAACGUCCUGUGUGAUGCAGUCGCUUGGAAGUGGCUGAUUCUGCUAUGAAACCCAAUUUGAUACACUAGCCAGUUCUUUGACUUGGGAUCUAUAGGAAUUGCUUUAGUACACAAAGGAUUAAGUUAAACCACUUUAAACAUUAAUAGCCUGCCAUCUGAGGUGAGUUCUUUUCAAAAACUAACUUAAUCUAUGAAAUGAGACUAGCAAUGACCGCUGCCUACCAUGAUUUUAAUGUUAAUAGUAAUACAUUAUAUUGGUGAGAAAUAUGACAGGCUUAGGUCAUGUUGGCCUUUUGCAGCUUCCUAAAAAUCUUGGUUAAUCUUCUGACACUCAGAAAUGAAACCCACAUUUUUUCUGUUGUGUCUGAAGAGAACCAUGAGAUUUGGAAGCGUAUCAGUAACCUCUUAGGUCCAUUGCCAAAGUCUGCUCGUCCAUAGUCAAAGCGAUACCAAAAGGUUAGAUGUGUUUAAGAUUCCUUUAUGUGGUACCGUGUCUGUUUACCUAUGCUUAUGAGCAACAAUAAAUUAAUAGUUUACCUUCUGGAAUUUUAAUUGUUAUAACCGAAUCAAUGAUUGGAAAGUGAAAAACACCUCCCGUCACACAACAGGGUACGUAAAUAAAUGUGUUGUUACCAGUG